UGGUUGUCCCGGUCUCCAUGACAACAAGGUGUUUGCAAAGAGCUGGAGAGAAGGAAGAAGGAAGUGCAUGAUCCCGCCCCACUUUGAUUCCUGCGAGAUCUUCAGAGUCGUGGGCAGCCAUCUUCUUCCUGGUAUCACAACAGGGAGCGAGAAAUGUGCAAAGAGAAAGAAAGAGAAAGAAGGAUCGAGAACAGAAGCAGAAAAGCCAUGGACGGAGAACAGCGGUGACUUGGGAUCCACCUGAAAGCUGGAGUGACAAGUCAGCGAUGGUGUGCUGAGGUGCCUGGGCAGCCAACGAGAGACCGCACAGUACCUGACGGACGACAAGUGAAGAUGAGAACGUGACCCUGGACAGUGAGUCCCAAAACGUUGGCAGAAGAACCAAAGCACGCGAGACGACACAUCCCGUCAUCAUCCAGGCCACAGAUCUAAUUGGAUGCUUUUGUCAGAAUGACAGCCGAAGAUCCUGCUUCCUCUUCAACCAUGAGCAACAAUACUGCCCCCUCCAAGCUGUGCAAACCCACGGCUGCCUCCCACCACGCUCUCCUUGGACAGAUUAGCAUUCCGGAUGGUGUUGUAGGGACUCCCAACGAGGCUACACUGGUGGCCUUGAUGGAGCGCACCGGCUACGGCAUGGUUCAGGAAAAUGGCCAACGUAAAUACGGCCCUCCUCCCGGUUGGAACGGCCCAUCCCCGCCGAGGGGAUGCGAGAUCUUCGUGGGCAAAAUCCCAAGAGAUGUUUAUGAGGAUGAGCUGGUUCCCGUGUUCGAGUCUGUGGGACGCAUCUAUGAGAUGCGCCUGAUGAUGGACUUUGAUGGGAAGAAUCGGGGCUACGCAUUUGUGAUGUACACGGAAAAACACGAGGCCAAACGGGCCGUGCGGGAGCUCAACAACUACGAGGUGCGGCCCGGUAGGCUCCUCGGGGUCUGCUCCUCUGUAGACAACUGCCGUCUUUUCAUUGGCGGCAUCCCCAAGACUAAAAAACGCGAGGAGAUUCUGGAGGAGGUCUCCAAGGUGACCGAGGGCGUGCUAGAUGUGAUUGUUUACGCCAGCGCUGCAGACAAGAUGAAGAACCGUGGCUUUGCCUUUGUAGAAUACGAGUCGCACCGUGCGGCCGCCAUGGCCCGCAGGAAACUGAUGCCCGGACGCAUUCAACUGUGGGGUCACCAGAUUGCGGUGGACUGGGCAGAACCAGAAAUUGAUGUGGAUGAAGAUGUCAUGGAGACAGUGAAAAUACUCUACGUCAGGAAUCUUAUGAUGGAGACCAGCGAGGAAACCAUUAAACAGGUGUUCAGUCAGUGGAACCCAGGUUGCGUAGAGAGAGUGAAGAAAAUCCGUGACUAUGCCUUUGUUCACUUCACAUCCCGUGAUGAUGCCGUGCUGGCCAUGGAUCACCUCAAUGGAACAGAAGUGGAGGGCUCCUGCAUUGAGGUCACGCUUGCCAAGCCAGUUGAUAAAGAGCAGUAUUCUCGCCAGAAGGCAUCAAAGGGGGUUUCGGCUGCUCCAGAAGCUCCUCAGCAAAACUAUGUCUAUCAGUGUGACCCUUACACAUUGGCCUACUACGGUUAUCCCUACAACACACUCAUCGGACCAAACAGGGACUACUUUGUGAAAGGAACCUCAUUGAUACAGAACAAUGCAGGUACUGUGCGAGGUCGUGGUCGCGCCGCCACAGGUAACCGUACCCCUGGUCCUCGGGGCUCGUACCUGGGGGGUUACUCUGCCGGUCGUGGCAUCUACAGCCGCUACCAUGAGGGUAAGACCAAGCUGCCCGAAAAGCCCUAUGAACUGAUGCCCAGUCUGGAGCUUGCUGCCUCCGUCAACCCAGUUGCCAUCAAACCAGGCACAAUGGCAUUGCCGACUUUGGCCGGGCAAUACCAAGUGUUCAGUGCGGCCCCUGCGGCCAAGCUUAUGGAGGAAGGCAAGGUGCACGCAGUGGAGCACCUUAUUAACCCUCUGGCCAUGCAGCACCCUGAACACACCACGGCUCCCGCCACCGCCACAGUUCUGCCAGUUUCCACUCCUCCACCUUUUCAGGGUCGUCCAAUCACUCCCGUCUAUGCCAUGGCCCACAAUGUGCCGCGCAUCCAGGCAGCCGGUGGCCUGUACGGCGCAGGCUACGUCCCCAUCACAAACUAUGCGGCCAACACAGCCGCCCUGGCCGCCCUGCAAAAGAACGCAGCAGUUGCGGCCGCGGCGUACGGAGGCUACGCCGGUUACGCCAUGCCGCAGGGCUUCCCGGCCACAGCCUUCCAGCUGCCCAUCCAUGACGUCUACCAGUAUUGAUGUGUGGUGGCUCGGCCGGCGUGAAGUAAACACCAGCGUUAUUCUGCCUGUGACUGAGCCGCCGCUGUGACUUCUCGACAGCGUGCAUUUAAAGUACAUACCUGUGGACUCUCUGAGCAGACCCAAAGGCGCUUGAAGAAAACAAUUAUGAGCAUACAUGGUGGAACCGUGUGCCCCACCUAUUGGCCUCGUUUCAUCUUAAACCAAGGCAAUUAAUGACACACUUAAUUAUGCAAAUUAGAUGGGGCAAUCUGCUGAUGGAGGAAGUUUACCUCUGUGCGGAGGCAGCCUUCUCUCAACUGUGAGCAAAACUAACAAAAACAACGCCACCUUGUCACUGACCCACGGCCACAUCAUCCGGUUGCUAUGGCAACAAAACCCUGAAGGUACAUUCAAGUAUUUAUGAAGAGAAGACAUAUAUUUAAGGUUCUAUUACUGUAGGUUUAGCUUUGUAUUUUAGGGGGUAAAAAUAACCUUUUUAAGUAAAAGUGGGGGAAGAAAAGUUCAGGACUACUGACAUGAAAGGAUACCACUGAAGCCUGUUUUGCAUGUUUUAGUAUAUUUUCCCCCACUAGUAUAUUUUAGUAUUCUUUUCUUGUUGAGUGCUAUCGCUGACCGUCCAUGCUGAUUGAAUGUUUAUGCUUCAAACACAUAUGCCUGUUUGGUACUUAUUUGGCUCAUUUAGUUCUAUUUGUGUUGUUGUGGUUCUUUUCAAAUGAAGGUUUUCAAACGGUUUAACGGCCUAUAACUAGUUUGCUCGUUUCAGUGUCGCUGCUUGAACUAUUUGAACUCACUUCGUGCUUGAUUUGAAGAAAAGUCCCCAGUUUUUUUUACAGAUAAUAAGCAAACACCGCAGGAUUUUUUAAUGUAUAAAAAUGGCGACAUCACGUAUGUUUUAUCUCACUGGGGACUAAGACUGAAUUUUAGAAUUAAUGUUUGACUCGUGAAAGGUGAACAAAUAUGCAAAGAGGAUGGAGGCCUUUUCUCUAUGGACAUUAGCGGAUACCUACUAAGCUUAUGUACACUGCAGUCUGAGAAUAUUAAAACGAGGCUUCACCAUGGUGCCUUACACAUACUUUUUAUGCCACCCUGCUCUGUUUUUUUUUUGUUUUGUUUUUUAAAUCUUCCACUGUGCCUUUCAUAAUAAAAUCUGAAGUGGAAAGAUUCUUAAAUGGUUCCGGAUUUAUAUGACUCACAGGUCUGGUGAAUUUGCGGUGUUGCAAUAUUGGGGUAACAUGACAAGGCUACCUCCACCAUGCAAAAUAUUAUCUUCAUUUCUUUACUCUCCUUUAAACUAUGGGAACAGACGAAGAGACAUACUCGGGCUACUUGACACAAAAAAAAUGCUGGGUUGUUUUCCUAGCCCACUUGCUGUGUAGCUGUGGAGUUUGAGCACACUGGGUUACUUUUACCCAAGGU